GGGCAGGAAGAAUAAACACGAGGGGAGUGCACCGGAGGAAUUCGUGAUACCGCCGGCAGUAUAUAUAUAUUGACUGUGACUACCCUUAGAGAAGCCAGAUAAGCAGUACUUGGCUUGAAACCAUCUUCCAGGAUAAAGGCUGUUGGAACAACUUUACCUUGGAUGAACAUAUCUACGUGAUAAGAGCACCGGCGGUACGACAAUGGAACUCUUAAACAUCCUCACCGUGGUUUCCCUCUUUCAUACCGUACAUUGUGCAAGAGAGUCAUUGGUGCAGUUAAAAGACAACGGAUAUGAAGACAUUGUGAUUGCCAUUAGUCCAAAUCAACCCGAAAAUCCUCAGCUAAUCGAAAAAAUUAAAAACAUGCUGACAGAUGCUUCUACGUACAUGUUACAAGCUACAAAAAAAAGAGUUUUCAUAAGAAGCGCAAAAAUUCUGAUUCCCAACACAUGGUCUUCCAAAAGCGAUUAUGGACGGCCAAAAAUGGAAUCUUAUGAUAAGGCAGAUCUCAUUGUAGCUGAUCCGUUUAUUUAUGGAGAUGACCCAUAUACUUUGCAAUAUGGCAGAUGUGGCGAAAGAGGAAAAUACAUCCAUCUCACUCCAAAUUUUUUGCUGAAUGACGAAGUGCUACGUAUCUAUGGACCUAGAGGUAGAGUCUUUGUUCACGAAUGGGCUCAUCUUCGAUGGGGUGUUUUUGAUGAAUACAACCCUAAUCAACCGUACUACCUUUCCGGACAGGGUCAAGUGGAAGCAACAAGGUGUCCUUCAAGUCUUAAAGGUUUAAAUAAAAUUGAUGUGUGUGUGGGAACAAGCUGUACAAAGGAAGACUGUGAAUAUGACAAGAACAAUCUUUUUGAAGAAGGUUGUGAGUUUUAUCCAAAUAUAGAUGGGAGCAUCAAGGAAUCCAUUAUGUAUGGCCAAGGCCUCGAACCUGUGCACGAGUUCUGUGAUAAGAAUAGUCAUAAUUCAGAAGCCCCAAAUCAACAAAACAGGUUAUGUAACCACCAGAGUACAUGGGAAGUGAUCAUGAAAUCGUCUGACAUGAGUAACACUUCUCCGCUAGCGGACACCAAUGUACCUCCUCCGGUGAUCUCACUUCUACAGUACAAGGACAGAGUAGUCACCUUGGUCCUAGACGUUUCCGGAAGUAUGAGUGGUGCUAAUCGGAUCAUUCGUUUGUAUCAAGCUUCCGAGGUGUAUGUAAUGCAGAUUAUAGAAACUGGCUCCCAUCUAGGAAUUGUCAUUUUCUCAACUGACGCAACUGUGAAGUCAGAACUAGUUAAAAUAACCGAUACAUUUCAGCGUGAAAAACUGAAGUCACUUCUUCCAACUAUAGCAAAUGGAGGCACUAAUAUUUGUGCUGGUGUAAGAGCGGGUCUUGAGGUAAACAAAAAACUUGAUGGAAACACAUAUGGUACUGAAAUUGUAUUAUUAACAGACGGUGAAGACAGUGGAAUUCGCUCUUGCUUUCCUGAAGUAACAAACAGUGGCGCAAUUAUUCACACCAUAGCUCUUGGUAAUAGUGCGGACAAAGCACUGGAAGAACUAGCAGAAAUUACAGGUGGAUUAAAACUUUAUGCAUCAGAUAACGUUGAUGCAAAUGGCUUGAUUGAUGCUUUCAGUGGAAUUGUCACCAGCAGUGGUGAUCUGACACAACAAUCCAUACAGAUCGAGAGUACAGCUCUACGCAUGGGACCAUCACAGUGUUUGGAUGGCACAGUGAUCAUUGAUAACACAGUAGGGAAUGACACAUUCUUUUUGGUAACAUGGGUUAGUGGAAUACCAAGUAUUACAUUGAAAGAUCCAAAAGGAAAAGUAUAUGGAAAUAACGAGUUUGCGAGUGACCAAGUUUCCAAAUCAGCCCGUCUCAUGAUUCCUGGCAUAACAGAGAAAGGAAGAUGGGAAUACAGUUUAUGUAACACUCUAACAGUGGAUCAAGUAAUUGGUAUAACAGUGAAUUCCAGAGCAGCUGAUGAAAAUAUGCCACCUAUAGUUGCCGAGGCCUACAUGAAUGCUGAUGCAAGCAGUUACCCCAAUCCGAUGAUUGUGUACGCAAUCGUAACCCAAGGUCUUUCACCAGUUCUUGGCGCAACUGUGACGGCUAUAAUAGAACCACAGACUGGGGCCAUUCAAGACUUACAGCUUUUGGAUAAUGGAGCAGGUGCGGAUAUUCUCAAGAAUGAUGGCAUCUAUUCCAAAUACUUUACCUCUUUCUCUGGCAAUGGAAGAUAUAACUUGAAAGUGCGCGUUGAAAGUACAACACAAGAUAGCAAACUAGCCUCACCAAAAAGCCGUGCCCUCUACUUGCCUGGCAUUGUUGUAAAUGGUACAAUACAAAGUAACCCACCUAAGCCAAAACCUACAUUUCAGAAUGUGACUUUGGGAGAUUUCAGUAGGACGACAUCUGGUGGGGCCUUUAUAGUAACAAAUGUACCUGCAGGCCCUUUGCCAGAUAUUUAUAAACCCGAUCGAAUUACUGACUUGGAUGCACUCAUUCAGGGGAAUAGAGUUACUUUGUCUUGGACAGCAACUGGUGAUGAUCUGGACCAUGGAAAUGCUUCAAGAUAUGAUUUGAGAAUGAGCCUCACUGCUCAGGAACUGCUGAAUAACUUUGCAAAUGCAACGUUCGUAAACAUCUCAUCCAUCACCCCUCAGCCUGCUGGAUCCAGAGAAACAUUUACAUUCGAGCCGGAGAACAUUACUCUAAAAAAUGGCACGAUCAUUUACUUUGCUCUGAUUGCUUUUGAUGAUAGCAAUCAAAACUCAGAUGUUUCUAACAUAGCAAGGGCAGUGUUGUAUAUUCCUCCACCACCAAAGCCAACUUCGGACAACAAUUCAGCCAUGGACAUUUCUGGAAAAAUGAGUACAAUACUUAUGGUCCUUACUUCAGGAUUGGCACUGAUGGCUGCUUUAUUUGUUUAAUUUUUUGGACAACUGGGAAAUAAGAGGGUUUAAACACUUUUUUUACACUGUGAAUAAAUGUGAGGACUGUAAUGUACUUUGGGGUUUGGGUUUUACACUGGAUUUUGUAAUAAGAUAUUUGGCCACUGUGAUAUCUGCUGUAGAAAGCCUAGAGAGAAAACUACAACUGCUUCAUGACUUUGUAGUAAUAGCUAUUCAUAAACCACCCA